UUUUCAGGUGAAGAGUGUUGAAAACUGCAGCGGAGAUCGCAACGCUGCCAUAAGCUGUGUCAGUGUUGCCAGUGUGCCAGUGCUUCGUGUUUGCCUCGUGUCAUUCUUGCACCCGGCAAGAUAGAAAAAAUAUUGAAAACUUUAAACAAGAAAAUUCCUUAAAAGACUCAAAUGCGCAAAAUGAUUGACAGAAACUAAGGGCAAAACCAAAAAAUAAAUUUUACAUUGACACACAGAAGUAGACGAUAGUCGAACAGAUCAAGAAAUAGUACGUGUGUAACGCACAAAUCUCUUUACCGAAUUGUGGAUCGCGAUAACAUCCGCGAAAGACUCGAACCAUUCCUCCACUCUCCUGUGGGACAGAAACAAUUAGUGCUGGCGCCAUGAACACCUUGGGGAAUACCACGCGUGGUAUUUUGCAAGGAAGCUUCGAGGGGUUCGCAAUGCCGGGUAGAAGUCAGAGUGAAGAGAGGGUAGGAAAUGUGCAUGCGCUGCAGACUACUUCUGUCCAUCACAAUCCGUUUUUCAAUCUGAGUGGUGGAGAAUCUCUGUCUGUGGAUGAAGAAGGGGACAUCUUGGUGGAGCAACUCAGUGUGAAUGGAUCAAGCGUGGCGGGGAAUGAGAGUGACUACGUGUGGGACGCUGACGAUCUGCUCUACCGACACUCUCUAGAGAUCGCCGUGCUCCUCUGCUUCAGCUACGUCCUCGUCUUCAUCCUCGGCCUGGUCGGAAACUGCUUCGUCAUCGCCGUUGUGUUCAGGACGCCACGCAUGCGCACUCCCACCAAUUACUUCAUCGUCAACCUCGCCAUGGCAGAUGUGUUGGUGGUGGUCUUCUGUCUGCCCGCCACGCUACUCUCCAAUAUCUACUAUCCCUGGAUGCUGGGGUGGUUGAUGUGCAAGUCCGUGGCCUACGUGCAGGGAGUGUCGGUGUCCGCCUCAGUCAACUCUCUGGUAGCCGUGUCCUUAGACAGGUUCCUGGCCAUCUGGUUUCCCAUGAAGCUACAGAUCACAACAUAUCGCGCCCGGGCCAUCAUCGUGCUCAUCUGGAUCAUGGCCGUGGUCUCCCCCAUCCCUUAUUUUGUGUACUUCGAGACAAACAUCUUCAUUCCCGACUUGCCAGACUUGCUCGUGUGUGUGGAGAUGUGGCCGUCGCGGGAAGCAGAGUGGCUGUACUUCCUCAUCGCCCACCUGCUGCUCUGCUACCUGCUGCCGCUCGUCCUCAUCUCCUUCUGCUACUUCAUGAUCUGGAUAAAGGUGGCGCGGCGGUCCAUCCCUGGGGACACGAGGGACGCUGCCAUUCAGCAAAUGCAACAGAGGAGCAAAGUGAAGGUGGUGAAAAUGCUGGUGGUUGUGGUGAUCAUCUUCAUGCUGUCCUGGCUGCCCCUCUACGUCAUCUUCGUCAGGAUCAAGAUGGGUGAGGAGCUCGGGGAGAAGGAGGGCGCCAUCUUGGCCAUCGUGACGCCGAUGGCACAGUGGCUGGGCUCGUCCAACUCCUGCAUUAAUCCGAUCCUGUACGCCUUCUUUAACAAGAAGUACCGUAACGGCUUUCUGGCCAUCAUCAAGAGCCGCUCCUGCUGCGGCACUCUGCGCUUCGACUCCUACUCGUGUUCCACCACCAGGAGGUCCUACUAUCCAUCCUAUCGCUCCACCAUCCGCCCCGAGGCCGCCACCAUGGACUCCAUCUCCCGCCACAAGUCCAGCGCGUCAAACGUGUACACACUGGAGGGCCGCGCACACCCCAGGACACGCUACCAUCACCACCACCACACCGCACGCCCACGCCUGGCUAACGGCCUGGCCCCGGCACUGCACCUGGCCGACAACUUCACCCACGAUACCAACCUGGACCAGAACUGCGGGGCGGCUGCCUCCACGCUGCUGGCGGGCAUCGAGGUGGUGGACGUGGACAGUCAGGAAGCCUUCUCAGAGAAUGGCGAGCGUGUUUAUCCAAACGGCAAGCUGGAGCCCCUGGAUUAGUGUGUGUGUGUGUGUGUGUGUGUGUGUGUGUGUGUGUGUGAGUGAGUGAGUGAGU